UUCUCUUUUUUCAUCCACAGCAUUAACUCAGACACACAGAGGAACAGAGUCUCUUUCAAUGCCUACAAAGGUCUAUGUUGUUUACUAUUCUAUGUACGGUCAUGUUGCAAAACUAGCUGAAGAGAUGAGGAAAGGAGCUGCUUCGGUGGAAGGAGUGGAAGUGAAACUGUGGCAGGUACCUGAAACACUGUCAGAAGAGGUUCUUAAGAAAAUGGGUGGUCCACCAAAGGGUGACGUGCCUAUCAUUAAUUCCAGUGAUCUAGCUGAGGCUGAUGGGCUUCUUUUUGGCUUCCCUACUAGAUUUGGAAUGAUGGCUGCUCAGUUCAAGGCAUUUCUUGAUACAACUGGUGGCUUAUGGAGAACACAAGCACUUGCAGGCAAGCCUGCAGGUAUUUUCUACAGCACUGGCUCUCAGGGAGGUGGACAGGAGACCACUCCGUUGACUGCCAUCACGCAGCUUGUUCACCAUGGAAUGAUAUUUGUGCCCAUUGGAUAUACAUUCGGAGCCGGCAUGUUUGAGAUGGAGAAGGUGAAGGGUGGCAGCCCUUAUGGUUCAGGAACCUAUGCUGGUGAUGGUUCUAGACAGCCCUCUGAGCUAGAACUUCAGCAAGCUUUCCAUCAGGGAAAAUACUUUGCUGGCAUUACAAAGAAAUUCAAUGCAACUGCUUGAUUUUUUUUUUCUCAUCCAACUUGUCAUGAUCUUGCUUUGCAUACACUUAAAAAUCUCUAUUCCAUUCCCAAAAAUGAUUUCAGUUCAUGUUCUUGUGAAGGAUAACAUGCCUUUUGGAUUAGAUCAUUGCCAGAGGCCCAGAGCUUAUUGUUCUUCCAUCAUGACAAAGGCAACUAUUGAUUAAAAAUGUCAAUAUUUCUUUCUGCAUUUCCUAGAAGAAUAAAGAGCAGGAUGAUUUCAUAUGCUGCUUACAGGCCAGAGAAGAGCCAAGAACCAUAUAAAAAAAAGGCAGAUUAAUUCUUAAAUUUUAUUACCUAUUGAAUUUUUUUUUUCUGUGCAUAAUUACACCCUUUAUUUGUUUUGGGGAGAGGAACCCGAGAGGAAUAUGUGUAAAUCUCACAGACCAUUUGUUUUCAGAUUGUUGCAGAUGAUGGAUAUCUCUUCACUGAGUGGUCCAGUUUGAUAUGUUUCCAGUCAUGGGCUAAAAUUUAUGGAGAAGGCCAUAUCUCUCAGUUGUUGAUCUAUUUGUCACCAAGCUAAUAUCUCUAGAUUGUAGAGAAAUGAAUUUUUGAAUUAAUAAUAAUUUAGU